AUGGCAUUUCCUCCACCUUACAACAAUCCAAUGAUGGCACCGAGAAUGCCACAGCCUAAUCAGCCAGGCCAAUUUACAGGACAAAAAUUUGGAUUCUUUUCACCCCAAACAACUAUACCAACGAUGCCUCCACAAGUUAUGCAAAUGCAGAUUCCACAGUUGCCUAUAGUUGGAGGGGUUCAAUUGACCUUAAGACCAAAUUUUCGACCGUUUGUGAGACGACCGGCAGAAGCGCCGCCAACUCAAUUCGUCCCGCCUGUUAAACCUGUUGCGGUCACAACUGUUUUUAUUGGUAAUAUUACUGACUUAUGCGAGGAUAGUCUUAUUCAAGAAAUUUUGGGAAAAUGCGGAACUGUCCAUACCUGGAAACGUCUUCAAGAUCCUAAUGGAAACUUCAAAGCUUUUGGAUUCUGUGAAUUUGUUCACCCUGAUGGUACCAGAAGAGCAUUAAGAGUGCUUAAAGAUUAUCCUCUUGGCGAGAAACGUUUGAACGUUAAAGUUGAUGACGCUACUGAAAAAUACUUGAAAGAAUUUGCUGAGAAUCAAACACGUUUGCUUGGUAUGGACUCUGGGACGCCAAAAUCAAUAAAUCCUGAAGAAGACGAUAAACAGCUUAGAGCAGCAAUAAAGGCAGUUAUUGAGAAAAAAGCUCCAGGAAUUCUUGAAGUGAUGCCGGAAGAUGAUGUAGCAGGUUAG